UCCUGCACUUCACUUCACUUCGCUUCACAUCUUCAUCUGCAGCGGACCAUCAUCUCUGGAGCUCUGCCGACAGACGCUUUUCUUCGCUCUUCUGUGUUGAAGACUCACGGUGAUCGUGACUCGCGGGUGUCGCUCGCUAAAUGCCGCUCGUGCGUUUCUGGAAUCUGCAGGAUUUGCCUUUUAAUUUCUCUGAACGGGAUAUAAUGUUCAGCUGGGACCGAGAGAUGCACAAGUUCUCUUAACCACAGCAGUGAUACAAUGGGGAAACUUCACUCAAAACAUGAUUUUUGUCUUUGUCAUUGGGAUGCAGCUUGCAAACGUCGGGAAAAUCCUGAGGGGGAUAGUUUUGUUGUGAACGGCAUUAUUUCUAGAAGAGGAGUUGAAGGCAGCGAAAGAUAUGACAACAGUCUGAAAGAUUAUAAGGAGCUGAAGGACGGACAGACGCCGGUCCACCGCUGCCCUCUACAGGUGGUUUUGCCUCCAGAAAAGGCUGAAGGAUGUGAGAGGUUUCUGCCGUCUGAAGAUGGAGAGAGAGACGUGCUGAAGGAAACCUGCAAAGGGAAGAAACGCAUCAGUCUAGAUGAUCUGGAGUGUAACGUGUCUCUGGUUGAUGACAACAGGCAGGAGUGGGUCUUCACGCUCUACGACUUCGACAACAGCGGAAGAGUCACAAAGGAGGACAUGUCCAGUUUGAUGCACACUAUCUAUGACGUGGUGGACACCUCUGUCAAUCACUCGUGUAACGGCAAACGAAAGACCCUCCGAGUGAAGCUGAUGGUCACUCCUGAACCCGGAGCUCGCAGGAGAGACACGACACACACCGGGAACGACAAUCGCUUGAGUCGCAUCGAGUCGGUUCAGGCGGAGGACAGACGGCAGCACACACACAUCAGAGGUCAGAAUCACUACUGUGUGGACGAGAACACAGAGAGACGAAACCAUUACCUGGAUCUGGCGGGAAUAGAGAACUACACCUCCAGAUUUGACAGUUCGUCUCCUCCUGUGGCCCAGCAAGAGCAGCCGUCACGGUCUUCACACGAUCAGAGCCGUUCUCGUUCCCACGAGCCCGAGACGCAUGGCCAUCAGCGGCGGUCUCAGGUGCUCUCCGACCCCUGUGUGGCCCCGGAUCCCCGUGUGCGCGCCGGGCCCCAGUCCAUCAGGUCCCCCAAGGGCACGUCCAAAGGCGGCCAGUCUGCGCCUAAAACCAGCAAGUGCCACGGCUUCUAUCUGGCGGGUCAGGAUGUGUACCAUCUGCCUCAGCCCUCCUCGGGUCUCCAGCACAGCCACAGCAAGAGAUCGAGAGCCAGAGCCAGAGAACAGGCGCUGUCGCCCUCCAAACACACCCAGCCACAGCAGCCCUCGCCCGUCAGCGAACACAGCGCGGGGCUUGUGCUGCCUGUGGUCCAGCGACACGAGCACCAUCAUCAUCACGAACACCAUCAUCAUCACCACUACCACCACUACCAUCAGACAUGACUUCACAAACACACUCACAGGCUCUGUCUCUGUGCCCUUCAGGUGGAGCUGCACGAUUAUUAGAGGUGUGACGAUAAAUCAAUUCAUGGAAACUUGUAUGAAUGAUUAUGUUUUGUUCAAGUGGUGUGUGUGUUUCUAAAGCAUGAAGUGCCAUCUGCUGUUAAAAACUAAGCUCAGAGAGAAUCGCAAUGCAUUCAGAAAAAUUGCAAUACACGAAUCAAUUUAUCGUCACACCCCUAACGAUUAAUAUCGCGAUCUCAAUUCAAACACCCACGUGAUCUCAUUUCUAAAUGACAACGAUUGGCCCGUGUCUACUGUUUAAAUCUUUGAAAAAGUCAUUACUGGAAAUUGACACAGAGAGAGACGUUAUUUCAAACACACAGUAUUAUUUCUGUCUUAUAGUCGUUCCUAUUAUUACAGAAAUACUGGGAUGAAAGUUUAUAGUUCAUAUAUAAACAUUAAUGUCUAUUGUAGCGAUCAAAAUAGAGCAAAUUGCCUUUUGAAAGUAGCUGGCGCUUUAAAUAACGUUUGUGUCGAUUGCAUUGUUUUUAAAAAAUGUAGUCGUCAUUGAAUCAUUCAUUCAAGAGAUUCGUUCAAAAACGCUGAUUCAUCCAGUAAUGAUACAAAUUAAGUAUUUAGUCAUUGAAUCAUUCAUUCAAAUCAAUUUUACAUCAUUUUAAUAUUAAU